GGCACGGAAAGGCAGAUAGAAGUGCUUCCUGAAAGUCUAAUCAAAACAUGCGUUAUAGCUCCUUAACUUUGAUCCUGAGCCAGCAAAGUUUUUGAAAUUAACCAGAAAAUACUUAUAGUAACUUAAAUAACAAGAAUGGAUCAGCCGGUGCCCAGAAAUAAACUGAAGAAGCUAAGUGAAGACAGUCUAACCAAGCAGCCAGAGGAAGUAUUUGAUGUUCUUGAAAAGCUUGGAGAAGGUUCGUAUGGCAGUGUUUUUAAAGCCAUUCACAAGGAAUCAGGCCAAGUGGUGGCCAUCAAACAGGUACCUGUAGAAUCAGAUCUGCAGGAGAUCAUCAAAGAGAUCUCCAUUAUGCAGCAGUGUGACAGUCCGUAUGUGGUGAAGUACUAUGGCAGCUAUUUCAAGAACACAGACCUGUGGAUUGUGAUGGAAUACUGUGGUGCUGGAUCAGUCUCUGAUAUUAUCAGACUGCGCAACAAAACUCUCACUGAGGAAGAGAUCGCCACAGUUCUCAAAUCCACUUUGAAAGGUCUUGAGUAUCUCCAUUUCAUGAGGAAAAUCCACAGGGACAUCAAAGCUGGGAAUAUUCUCCUCAACACAGAGGGCCAUGCUAAACUAGCUGAUUUUGGAGUGGCAGGACAACUUACGGACACAAUGGCCAAAAGAAAUACGGUUAUUGGAACACCCUUCUGGAUGGCCCCCGAGGUGAUCCAGGAGAUUGGGUACAACUGUGUGGCAGAUAUCUGGUCUCUUGGUAUCACAUCCAUAGAAAUGGCUGAGGGAAAGCCUCCUUAUGCAGACAUUCAUCCUAUGAGGGCUAUUUUUAUGAUUCCAACAAAUCCUCCACCCACAUUCCGGAAACCAGAGCUGUGGAGUGAUGAAUUCACAGAUUUUGUGAAGAAAUGUCUUGUGAAGAACCCCGAGCAGAGAGCCACAGCCACUCAACUUCUGCAGCAUCCUUUUAUAACCAGUGCUAAGCCAGUAACCAUUCUACGAGACCUGAUUACAGAGGCUAUGGAGAUGAAGGUAAAGAAACAACAGGAGCAACAGAGAGAGCUGGAGGAGGAUGACGAGAACUCGGAGGAGGAAGUGGAAGUGGAUUCCCACACCAUGGUGAAGUCUGGCUCGGAGAGCGCUGGCACUAUGCGAGCCACAGGAACCAUGAGUGAAGGGGCUCAGACCAUGAUCGAGUACGGCGGCACCAUGCUGGAGUCCGACCUGGGCACCAUGGUCAUUAACAGCGAUGAUGAAGAAGAUGAGGUUGAUCUUGGCUCAAUGAGGAGAAAUCCUACAGCUCAGCAAGCUCCACGUCCAUCCUUCAUGGACUACUUCGACAAACAGGACUCAAACAAAGCACAAGAGAGUUACAACCACAACCAGCAGGACCCUUAUUUAAUUUCCAAGACCGCUUUUCCAGACAAUUGGAAAGUGCCUCAAGAUGGAGACUUUGAUUUUUUGAAAAACCUUGAUUUUGAGGAGCUGCAGAUGCGUCUCACUGCUCUGGAUCCCAUGAUGGAGCGUGAGAUUGAAGAACUACGGCAACGCUAUACAGCUAAGAGGCAACCCAUUCUCGAUGCCAUGGAUGCAAAGAAACGCCGGCAGCAGAACUUCUAACUGUCAGAUCACUGGCUGGCCAGAUCUUCUGUUCCCUCCUGUUUUCAAUAUUUGUACUGAUGCUUAUUCUACACACCUGCUGUUUGUACAUUUGAAGAAGGUCCCAGUGAUGAUUCUGAAUCACUGAUUUUGAUGUCACAAUUAAGAUAUUAGGAGUUCAUUCUAAAACAAGCUGAACAAUUUUUAAUCUGUCUCAUUCUUUCUCCAUUAUUAUGAAGUAUUUUUCAUUUUUCUUCCAUGUCUAAAAAAUAAAAAUAAAUUGCCAUUUCUACAUCCAUUUCUACAUACUUGUUCAGUGCUGUUAUGAAACCAAGGCAAAUUGGUCUGGAUGAGUAGUGAAAAUAAUAGUGAAAUAGUGAAAAUAACUGAACAUUUGAGUUAUUUUGGCAUAAUGCAUAAAAACUGCUGGCUGGACUGCUACAAAGUCAUUUUUAGGUGUGAAUGGAUUACUAAACCAAAGACAAUCAUGUAGAGAAUGCCUUUGAGAGCUUGUUAACCCUAUUUUUAAAGUUUGCUUUCCUACUAACUAUAGGUUAGGAUUCUGCUAAUGUGGGACCAUGUUACAGUAGAGAUUAACAUUGAAGAGAUCUGCUCAGUCUUGAGUCUUAAGGUUACCUUUAUUGGUAAUAAUUUAGAGAAAGAGAAAAGACAAAUAAUGCAGCUGUUUGUUCUGCUCAUUCAAAAUUCCCCACAAAGUAAGGCUUCCACUAUCCACAGCUUUGUAAAUAUGCAUGGCUUAUUUAAGCUGAAUGCCACUUUCUUUUUUUUUUUUUUUUUUUUUAAGUUUCUGUCUGAUGUCUUUUUUCCCCCCUUAUGCUGUUUUCAACGCAACUGGCUCCUUUGAUAACGUGUGGAAAAUAUUUGUGUGAGGAAGUGAGAAUUGCUUUUCCUGUGCCCCAUACAUAAGUUCUUGCUAUUUAUCUCAGGGUUUGUCUCUCUUGGUCUUUUUCAGAGUAAUUUUAUUGCAGUCCAAUGUUUUUUUUUAUUAUGGCAAUGGUACCAUUUAUUGUUUUGUAAUCUCUCCAUACCAAAAGCAAUACAGCAACUCAAGGACACAGUAAUGUAACUAUACCAGUUCUGUGAAUUCCCUCAAUAAGUAUUUUAAUGGAAGGAUGAGUUUUAAAUUGACCUUAAGCAACCCUAAAGCCUCUCAAAAUUGUUCAUGCUCUGAUUGUUGACUAAUAAGGUCUAUUAAUCUGUGUUGGUUUGAAGUAUAUAGCCUGUUAAUGGUUGCAUUAUUUUAGUUUAAGAGGUGGUUAGGGAUGUUUCCAAUGCCUUAUGUUUCCUGUGGUUGAGUUAUAACAGUUUAUUCCAUAUUCUGACAUUCACAUUUAGGCACAUUCUUACUGAUCACUCUAAUUUAUUGUGUAUUCAUGUUUCAUGCUAUUUGUUUUUUUUUUGUUUUUUGCACUCUGCGCAGUGUUUUUAAAUAAAGGUCUGUUACU